AUGGCACCAGUUCCAUCUCCAAUAUCGUCGUCGACAUUAACAUCAACUGUUGCCACUGGACCGCUUUCGGCUCCAUCCGCAUUUAAUUCGUCGUCGAUCAACGCUCAUCGUUCGCUGCAGACUAUUCUGGACGCAAUCCGGCAUCUCGAGGGUGGUGCGCUCAUUCCGCCAUCAUCAUCGCCGCCCAGCUCUCAAGCGCCACUGGUGCGAUAA